UUCAUGCAUUCCGUGCUUAUUUUAGGUUUCAUGAUGUUCUCAGUAUGGGCGUGGACUAUCGUCUGUGCGCCUGACGUUUUCGUCUGGAAUUUGUGCUUCACAUUCCUAAACGUCUUCCAAUUGGUCUAUGUCAUCUAUCAGAUGAGACCAGUCAAAUUCGAUCCUGAACUUGAGGAAGUCUAUCACACACUUUUCCGUCCUUUCAAGGUGACCCGUAUGCAGUUCAAGAAGCUGGUAGCGACAGACUUUGCGCAGAUAAUGUCUCUGCACGCGGGCGAGGCGUAUGCCAUGCAGAAUCUGACACGCACCGACCGUCUGGGUCUUCUGCUGACUGGGAAAGUGAAUGUGUUGUCAGACCAGCAAUUCCUGCAUCCCAUCCUGCCCUGCGAGUUCCUCGACUCGCCUGAGUUCGAGAGCAGGGCCAACAUGGACGACAAGUUCAAGGUUUCAAUAGUUGCGGCAACUAGUUGCAGAUACGUGUACUGGCAACGGACUGCUCUCGAGUAUCUAUUUGUGAAGGAGACCUAUUUGGCAACUGUGGUAUCAACUUUAGUUGCUCGUGACAUCACAACCAAACUAUAUGCCAUGAACAAUAAGAUUGUAACCGAGAAAGGCAUACAUCUAGAUAUAAGGCUUCCCAGUAUCACAUCUUCACUUUCCUCUUCAGAACGCAAAAAUGCUUCCUUGAAAGCUCUUAAGAGACAUAAUGCUAUGUUAUCUAGCAACUGUCCCAAUUCGCCUGAGUCAGUUUACUAUACUCCAGGAGUGGUGAAGUCAGAAAAAGUAUGUCAGUCAGUUGCUAACAGCCGCGAGCGACUUUUGAAAGAGAAAAAGAAAGAAACGGAUGUGAUUGGCGGAGGCGUAGUGCUAGCUAACGGCCGAUUGGUCGAGAUGACGCCGCUGCAAGAGCUCUCCUCCAAUGAGGACCUCGUAAAUCUGUCCAGCUCUCCUAUUGACAGUUGGCUCGAGACAUCCUCCAAAUAUCAUAGCUGUGAAAUUGUCGAUAGUUGAACAAUGUAGGCCCUUAUGCACCACCCAGGUCCACCAACCCAACCUCAUCUAACCAUAGAGUAAAGAUAGCUUAAGAAGGAUAGCUCAUUAUUUAGCUUAAGGCGCAUUUUCGUUUGUGCGUAAAUUUCUGCAGUCUACUACGACAAGCAUUGUUGACAUUUUUAUUGUCCAAAUUUCAAGUGUGCUAAAACAGCUGAUCAAAUAACUUUUCAUUAUUUGUCUUUAUUAUUAAAGAAUUAAUCAUUUCUAAUAAUAUCAACAUAUUGCCAUUUAAAAGUAUAAGUUCAACCUGCCCCAAUAAAACAUAAAUAAUUGAACAUAAUCUUUUAGGUUAUGUAGACAAAUUGAAAUCUACCCAAUCUGAGAUCCUCACCCUGUCGUGGUCGACGACGGCAUUUAAGCACAAACGAAACCCCAGCUUCCAUGUUAUAAUUAUCCAUUUAUUAGCUUAUUAUUAAGCUUAUAGAGAGGUCUAUGCUAUAAUUAUUCAUUUUUGUCAUAGUCAUUCAAUUUCAGCUUUUUUACAUCCAUGAAAUCAAGCCGGUAGACAGCUGAUUGUAGAACAAAUAAACAUACGAUUCUCAUUACAGCAUACUAUACUAGUACAUACAUUUUUUGGACUCAAAAAAGUGUGUGAAUUAAGUUAUCAUUUACAUAACCUCUAGACUGUUGUUUUUACCUGCAUUGUAUCUAUUGUCUAUGAAUUUAUUUUGCUUACAGUGAAGUAUGUUUCCUAGUUCCGAAUUUUGAACAGCAAAACUGGUACAAAAACCGCCUUUUAGCGCUCAUAACUACAAUCAAGAAAUUCCUGAUUCGAAACUUUUAAACUAGCUUAUGUUUAUAGAAUGCAUGUAGUAAUGUCAGCACAAGCAGGUAAUGUUUUCUGUUUCUCAAUUAUUCUUUUUUAGAUCAUAAUGACAAAAAAUAGUGUAAGUUACUUGGACGUGAAUGUCUUUUGCAGUGCUCGAAUGAAACAUCAUUCUCGCCUGCAAAAGGCCCCUUCCCGUCCUUGUGACUUGAGAUACUAUUAUCAGCUUAUUAUUUAGCUAAUAAUGAGGUCCACGUUAUAAUUAUUUAUUAUUAUUAUUUAUUAUUUAUAAUUAUUUAUUAUUUAGUGAGGUAUAUAAAGUGAGGUUCUCUUUAUAAUAGCUUAUAUACUAUCUUUUCUCUAUGGUUCAACUUGAAAUACAAAAGCAAAUACAUUUAUCUGAAAUACAUACUGUAUUCUACAUUUUGAUUGUAUAACUACAAUUAUAUAUUAUUCUUUAUUAAUAAUCAUUUGUUGCUGUAUCAGUUAUGAAUCAUUUUGAAAAAUAGUCAACUAUUUUCAAUUAUGAACGUGAAUUGAAUGUAAAAUGAAUAAAUCGAUGAUGGC